UGAAGAUGUGUUUGGAGAAAGGCAACGGAACUCACUAGCGUAUUAAUUUUGUCGGUUGAGCCACCUAUAAGAAAAUUGCGCCUUUUUGUUUUUGUCCCAUUUGCCCAACGAACCUGCUAAGAGUUUUGUGGGCUGUAACACGAAAAAAAUCUCCAAAGGAUGACUGGCCGGGCAAGAGCGAGGUCAAGAGGCAGAGCACGCGGGCAGGAGACGGCAGCACCUGGAGCGAGCCAGGUCCAAGAGCCGGCACCAUCAGCUUCUCCUUCCACAGAAGGAGACCUGGGUGGUAGAGGGAGACAGAAAGGUGCUCCAGGGCCCUUUAGUGCAGAAGCUGUUCUACAGAUUUCGGCUGGAUUUCAGCAGGUGAAACUUGGAGAAAGAGGUGGACGCCGCCGGGAUUUUCAUGAUGCAGGAGUUCACACCAGGCAGGAGAUGGUGCAUGUGAAGGACUCCAAAUGUGGAGUAACUGGUAAUGCAAUCCAGUUGACUGCAAACUUCUUUCGCAUCCUGUCCCGCCCUCAGUGGGUUUUGUAUCAGUACCAUGUGGACUUUGAACCACAAAUGGAGUCUCGACGCCUGAGAUCUGCCCUCCUCUUCCAGCACGAGGAAACACUUGGCUCAGCACGAAGCUUUGAUGGCGCUCUGCUCUUUCUGCCUCACAGAUUGCACAGCAAGGAGACGGUGGUCUAUAGCGAGACCAAGAAUGGAGAGAAGGUUCAGAUAACCAUCACCCUGACCAAUGAACUGCCACCCUCUUCACUAGUGUGCAUUCAGUUUUACAAUAUCAUAUUCAGAAGGAUCUUGAGAAUUCUCAACAUGCAGCAGAUUGGACGCAACUACUACAACCCCAGCGAUCCACUUAACAUCCCACAGCACAAGCUGACCAUCUGGCCAGGUUAUAGCAGCGCCAUCUUGCACUACGAGUCGUCCAUCAUGAUGUGCACUGACGUGAGCCACAAGGUGCUGCGCAGUGAGACGGUCCUGGACUUUAUGGUCAACUUGAGGCAGCAAUGUGGAGAUCAACGCUUCCAUGACAUCUGUGAGAAAGAGCUCAUUGGGCUCAUAGUCCUUACCAAGUACAACAACAAAACCUACAGGGUUGAUGGCAUUGCUUGGGAUCACACUCCCAACAACACAUUCAAGAGGGGAGAGGCAGACAUCUCCUUCAAGAACUACUACAAGAGACAAUAUGGCCUGGAUAUCAGUGAUGGAAACCAGGUGCUGCUGAUCAGCUAUGUGAAGAAGAUGGCUGUUGCUGGAGCUCCACCUCCUGGCCCAGCCAUGCUUAUCCCAGAGCUGUGCUACCUUACAGGCUUGACUGAUAAGAUGAGGGCUGAUUUCAGCAUCAUGAAGGACUUGAGUACCCACACCAGACUGACCCCAGAGCAGAGGGAGGGACGCCUCAACAGAUUUAUGACUAAUAUCCAGAAGAAUGCUGACGCACAGGCUGAGUUGGAUAAGUGGGGACUCAGCUUUGAUAAGCAACUUCUAAGUCUGACUGGCAGAGUCCUCCCAGUGGAGAGGAUUUACCAGGGGCCAAGAUCGUAUGAGUACAACGCCUGGGCAGCUGACUGGUCCAAAGAGAUGCGUGGAGUACCUCUGAUCAGCUGUCCCCCGCUGAGUAAUUGGCUCUUGUUUCACACCCGUCAUAACAGCAAUGAAGCCAGCGGUCUUCUGCACACCCUCAGCAGAGUCUCAGGCCCACUCGGAAUCCACAUGGUGAAAGCUAUAAUGAUCCAGUAUGAAGAUCAUCAGGAGUCUCUCCUUAGAGCUCUGCAGCACAAUGUUGGACCCCAAACACAGAUGGUGGUGGUAGUUCUCCCCAGCAACAGGAAGGACAAGUAUGACAGUGUUAAGAAGUACCUUUGUGUGGACUGCCCCACUCCCAGCCAGUGCGUGUUGCCCCGUACCCUCAGCCGACCUCAGGCACUCAUGACUGUGGCUACCAAGAUUGCACUGCAGAUGGCUUGCAAGAUGGGAGGAGAACUCUGGAGCGUGGAAAUCCCUCUCAAACAGCUGAUGAUCGUGGGCAUCGACUGCUACCAUGACACUGCUGGUGGGAAAAGAUCUAUUGGAGCUCUAGUGGCCAGCCUCAACCAGACCAUGACCAGGUGGUGCUCAAAGUGUGUGCUGCAGGAUAAAGGCCAGGAGAUCAUGGUUGGACUGGGGAAGCUCUUGACUGGUGCCCUGAAAGACUACCUGAAGUUCAACAACUCUCUGCCUGCACGCAUCAUUGUGUACAGAGAUGGAGUGGGCGAUGGCCAGCUGCACAGUGUGGUUAGCUAUGAGGUUCCGCAGAUCAUCGACUCCAUCAGGUCAAUGGGGCAUGACUACGUCCCUAAGCUGAGUGUGGUGGUGGUGAAGAAGCGCAUAAGCAGCAGGUUUUUCGCCCGCCUCAAUGCCAAGGUGUCCAAUCCUCCUCCUGGCACCGUCGUCGACUCAGAGGUCACCCGGCCAGAGUGGUAUGACUUCUACAUUGUGAGCCAAGCUGUUCGCUGUGGAAGCGUCUCACCAACCCACUACAAUGUCGUGUAUGACACCAGCGGACUCAAGCCUGAUCACAUGCAGCGGCUCACCUACAAGCUGUGCCACAUGUACUACAACUGGCAGGGGAUCAUCCGAGUGCCCGCUCCCUGCCAGUACGCCCACAAGUUGGCCUUCCUUGUGGGUCAGAGCCUCCACAGAGAGCCCAGUGUGAAACUGGAUGACUUCCUCUUCUACCUUUAAGGAUCCAAUGUAUUGAAACAACUGUUAUUUGAUCAUUUUUGUUCUUUCAGCUUAUACAUUUGUAUUGUAUUGAUUCAGUUAAGUAUGUUUCACAGAAGUUUUGAUCUGUUCUAGUUUUCAAAUCUGUUUGGGUCCAAGUGCCACAAAUGCGCCCCAAGGAAAGUGUAAUAGGAAUGUGUACUUGGCUGUUGUGUAGUCAAGGAGAAAAGUCUUUGUUUGCCCCAAAUUUGUGUUUUGUUUGAGGUUCUUGUGAUUUCUGCCUAAAAGUUCUUUGUACUUGGUUCCCAAAAAAA